AUGCAUUCGCUCAUGAACCGUCUCCCGACGCUGUCGCUGCUGCUCGGGGUGGUCCUGGCGGAUACGUGCUCUCUAGUGGCGGACCUUACUUCCGUCCAGGUCUCCCUUCCGCUGACGCUGUCCUACACGGUCGAGCAGAACGAGUACUGGUCCGAGUCGUGCACCCUCCUCACGCCGUCGUGCAUCAUAUUCCCCAGGAGCGCGCAGGAGGUCGCCGCCGUGGUCGACAUACUCAGGGACCAGGACGAGCAGUUCGCCGUCAAGUCCGGGGGCCACAACCCCAACCUGUACUGGUCCAGCGUCUCCGGCGGCCCCGUCAUCUCCACGGCCGAGCUGGACGAGGUCACGCUCGACCCCGAGACGGGCGUCCUGCGGGUCGGACCGGGCAACCGGCUGCAGGACGUGGCCACGGCACUCGACGGCACCGGCUGGACCUUUGUCGGCGGGCGGAUCGGCAACACCGGCGUGGGCGGCCUCAUGCUCGGCGGCGGCCUGUCGUACCUGUCCGCCCAGCACGGCUGGGCGGCCUCGUCGGUGUUGGAGUACGAGGUCGUCCUGGCCGACGGCUCCGUGGUGACGGCCUCGGCCUCGUCCCACCCGGACCUGUACGUGGCCCUCAAGGGCGGCGGCAACAACUUCGGCGUCGUGACGGCCUACACCGUCCAGGCCUACCGCCAGGGCUCCGUCUACGGCGGGAACCUCGUCUUCCAGCACACCGAUGCCACCGCCGCCAGGCUCCUGCAGGCCGUCCGCGACUUCACCGAGUACAACGACGACGACAGGGCCGCCGUCAUCGUCACCGCCGAGCGCGCCGCCCUCAACGCCGUCGACACCUGGAUCCUCUUCGUCUUCUACGACGGCGCCGACCCCCCCGCCGACCUGUUCGCCAACUUCACCGACGCGGGCCCCUUCCUCAACACCCUCCGCGUCCGCUCCUACGCCAGCAUGAUCAACCUGAGCAACUGGGUCGUCGUCCAGGCCUCCACCGUCGACAUAUCCACCGAGACCAUCCCCAUCCCCUCACACGACGACGGCCCCGACUUCCUGGGGGACAUACACUCCUUCUGGCGCUCCACCACCUCCUCCGUCAUGUCCGUCCCCGGCAUCGUCGCCUCCAUAGCCUACCAGCCUUUCCCUAAGCGCAUCGCCGCCGCCGCCCGGGAUACCGGCCGCCCGGACCUCAUCGACGCAGACCCCGACGCCGACAAGCUGAUCCUCGAGAUCAACUACAGCUUCCUCCCCGGUCCCUUCGACUACAUGGCCGACGUCACAGAAGCCACCUACACCGGUAUCAGGGACAGGGCUGUUGCCGCCCAGGAACAGGGCAUACUGCCGGAUGAUGUCUACCUCCCCGUCUUCAUGAACUACGCAUUCUUCCGGCAGGAUUACUGGGAUAGGCUCAAGCCCGAGAGCAGGGCGCUCGCUCAGACUGUUGCUGAGAAUUAUGACCCCGAUGGACUGUUCCGUGACCGCACUGGGGGAUGGAAGCCGUAG